AUGCCUCCAGUUGAGUAUUUGAGAGAGUUUGUCAACGAGUGACUAACUGCUGCUGCUGCUGAGGAAAUACUCAGAGCUUUUGAAACAACUAUCGUCGAGCUCGAAGAAGAGCUCAGUCGUCAGCGCAGACUGCUGGACAACGCCUGGAAACCUGAAAUAAAGUUACACAGGAUAGAGCCCCCACAGCCGCAUGUCUGUACGGAGGAGGAGGUUCUCUCAGACCAGCAGCUCUGUGACCAGGACAGGAACUGCAGUCUGGACCAAGAGGAGCCAGAACCUCCACAGAGUAAAGAGGAACAGGAGGAACUGUGCAGCAGUCAGGAGGGAGAGCAGCUUGUACUGAAACAAACUGGUGCCCUCAUGUUGACUCCUGCUUGUGAGGAAAGUGACCACCAGCUUCUCUCUCACAGCUCUAAUGUAGCUGAGAGCCAAGAUCAGAAAGGAGGCGAGCCUGGAGACUCAGGGUCACCAGAUGCAGAGCCAAAACAAAACAGCCAACAAGAAAAAAGCAUAAGUCACAUUAGCAACAUAUACAACCCUGCCAUGUUAAAGACUGAGUGGAACACUCACACUGGCAAAAAGUCUUUUAAAUGUCACAUUUGUGGAAAAGAUUUUCAGUAUAUGUCAAAAUUGCAGAGGCACAUGAGAAGCCACACAGGUGAGAGGCCAUAUUCUUGCAACUACUGUGGGAAAAGAUAUAGUCAGAAAUCAGUAUUAACCAGUCAUCUGAGAAAGCACACAGGCGAGAAGUCACAUUUAUGCAACACUUGUAGGAAAACAUUCAGUCAGACAGCAGACUUCAAAAAUCACGGAAGAGUCCACACAGAUGAGAAGCCACGUUCUUGCAAAAGUGUGGGGAUGAGUUCAGAUUGA